AGAAGAAGGAGGAGGAUUAAAGGAACACAAAUUAUUAUAUAUUAUUAUUAUUAUUAUUAUUAUUAUUAUUAUUAUUAUUAUUAUUAUUAUUAUUAUUAUUAUUAUUAUUAUUAUUAUUAUUAUUAUUAUUAUUAUUAUUAUUAUUAUUAUUAUUAUUAUUAUUAUUAUUAUCAUUCUCUCUCUCUCUCUCUCUCUCUCUCUCUCUCUCUCUCUCUCUCAUAUCAAUCAUCUACUACUACUACUACUACUACUACUACUACUACUACUACUACUACUACUACUACUACUACUACUACUACUACUACUACUACUACUACUACUACUACUACUACUACUACUACUACUACUACUACUACUACUACUACUACUACACUACUACUACUACUACUACUACUACUACUACUACUACUACUACUACCACUACUACUACUACUACUACUACUACUACUACUACUACUACUACUACUACCAUUUCUACUACCAUUUCAGACCGUGCGACAUGGCUUCCCCUACCAGCCCACCGCCAUCGCUUUCGACCCCAUACAGAGGAUCCUGGCCGUCGGCACCAAGCAGGGCUCCAUAAGAAUCAUCGGUCGGCCCGGGGUGGACGUCCAUGUGAAGCACGAGGGCGACCCGGCGGUGGUGUGCCUGGCCUUCCUGAUCAACGAGGGCGGCCUGGUCAGCGCCACAGGGGAUGAUUCUUUGCACCUGUGGAAUAUACAGCAGAAGACACCGCAGAUUGUACACUCACUCAAGUUCCAGAGGGAGAGGAUCACCACGCUCCACCUGCCCUUCCAAAGUCGCUGGCUGUACCUUGGGACGGAGCGCGGCAACAUCCACAUUGUCAACAUUGAGAGCUUCACCCUCAGCGGCUACACCAUCAACUGGAACAAGGCUAUUGAGCUGUCUCGCAAGACCCAUCCUGGUGCUCUGGUCCAUCUAAGUGACUGCCCUGUGGAACCUGGGAAGCUCCUGAUUGGCUACGAGAGCGGUCAGCUUGUCUUGUGGGACUUCAAAGGGCGCACCGCUGAGGUUCGCUACCAUUCUGCCGAACCACUGAGUUUAGCGCGGUGCCCCCAAAUUAUGACGCCGUUUACCGCCAACUCUCCCAGCGGGGCGCGAGGGUGCUGGCACUGGGCCGGAAGGAGCUCGGAAGACUAUCCCACUCUGAGGUGAAAUGGCGCUGCUCUGGGCACUGGAACAUGACAGGCUACGACGGGAAAGAGUUUUCAGAGACCGUCUCAAUCCUUUAGAGGUCAGCGAUGAUCUCCUCCUACACUAUUAUCGGCUGCCCCGCCAUGAAAUCCUUCAGCUGUGUGAGGAGAUGGACCACACAUCCACGGGCCCACAAGUAGGACAAGAGCAAUUCCAAUCCACACACAGAUCUUGGUUGCCCUGCGUUUUUAUGCCAGUGGGACAUUUCAGAAUGUGGUGGGUGAUGUAGCUGGUAUCAGUCAGUCAUCAAUAUCAAGAAUAUUGAAUGAUGUUACUGAGGCUUUGUUGAACAAAGCAAAACGAGAAAUAAAUAUGCCCCAAAAUCUGCAGGAGCUCUUGCUUAUCAAGCAAGAUUUUUAUGGCCUCAGUGGAUUCCCUUCUGUCAUAGGGGCAAUAGACUGCACUCACAUACCCAUCAAAGCACCUGCAAAUGCAGUUGCUUAUCUGAACAGAAAGAGGAAGUACAGCCUUAAUGUACACAUUGUGGCAGACUCAAAGAUGAGGAUCAUCAGCUUCUGUGCAAGCUUUCCCGGGAGUGUUCGUGACUCCUACAUGUGGCGUCAGAGUGUUCUGCGCCAGCAGUUUGUGGAGGGCCAGUACGGAGACUCACUGCUUCUUGGUAACCUUUGCUGUAUUUUGUAAAAUUUAGCAGCUGUAAGAAAAACAGCAUAAGUUAAUGUGCCUCCCUGGUGCUGUGGUUUGUAUACAUUUUCACAACUGUGUGCCUGAGUUCAAAUCCUUCUUUUCUGGAUGAUUGGUAAAUUGUUACCUGGGGAAGGUGAGCCGGUAGCCUGGAUGCUGCACUGGGCCUGUGUCCCAAGUUAAUGGAUUGUUACAGGCUGAAGGGCCAAUGGU